CGACGCACCAACCCGUCGUGCGAUCGCAUAUCCAGAGCAUCGGCCGCAAGAAUGACCUCCAAGGUGAACAAGGCCGUGCUCUAUGUCGGCGGCCUCGAUGAUAUGGUCGACGAGCAUGUGCUGACGGCUGCAUUUGCGCCGUUCGGCGAUCUCGUCUCGGUGCAGCUGCCGAACGAUCCGUCGUCCCACAACCGCCAUCGUGGUUUUGGAUUUGUCGAGUUCGAGAGCGCAGACGACGCAAGCGCCGCCGUGGAUAACAUGAGAUUUGCCGAGCUCUAUGGAAAGGUCAUCAAGGUGUCGCUGGCAAAGCCAAUGCAGGGAUCGGCAUCCGGCUCCAAAGCUAUCUGGGACGACGAGGAAUACAUCAAAGAGCAUAUCGCUGUCUCCGAAGAGACCGGGCCGAUCGAUCCCAGUGCCGAAAAUGGUGCUCCGGGCGCCAAUCCAUCCGAGACCGACGAUGCCGCGGCCGAAAAGGCUCAAAAGCAGCCGCCGGCCCCAUCGAGCAACAAGGUCUACUUUGAUAUUGAAAUCGGAGGCAUCAUGGCUGGACGCAUUGUGAUGCAACUCUAUUCCAGCAUCUGCCCCAAAACAACCGAGAACUUCCGUGCGCUUUGCACCCAUGCUAAAGGCUACGGAUACAAAAAGUCGGCGUUCCAUCGCAUUAUCCCCCAGUUUAUGUGCCAAGGAGGCGAUUUUACCAGACAUAACGGCACCGGCGGAAAGUCGAUUUAUGGCGAAAAGUUUGCCGACGAAAACUUCAAGGUCAAGCAUACCAAGGCCGGGCUACUCUCCAUGGCCAACGCCGGGCCCAAUACCAACGGCUCGCAAUUCUUCAUCACCCUGGAACGGACGCCAUGGCUCGAUGGCAAGCACGUGGUUUUCGGAGAAGUCAUCUCUGGAUUUGACGUUGUGCGAAAGAUGGAGAAGGCCGGAUCAUCAUCGGGCGCUACCUCGAAAAAAGUGGUCAUUGCCGACUGCGGCGAGCUAUGAGUUCGUCGGCACGAACAGAAUGCAUUCUGGCUCGGGGCGGGAGCUGGAGCUUCGGACGAUUCCGCACCUUGUAUGCAGUCUGUCCGAUUGUACCGAUUGCACUGAUUGCAGCGAUGCACCCUUGGACAUUCUCCUCGUGCCCGAGCCGCACAAGGGCACCCAUGCCUGAUCUAUCUACUCAGGUCCAGCGGACAUCCCUUCGCAGUAGUCAGACCCAGCUUUGCUUCAACGGGAGAUGGAAGCGGCUUUCCUUCCAUUGCUCCCAGAGUAACCAAAUACACGAUCCUUAAGCAGCGA